AUGGGAGCCCUUGUUUCCAUUCCCUUGGCUGGAACUAGCUGGAUUGCAUCGUGCUGUGGUGCUGCAGCAUGUUCUGCAUUGUGCUCUUCGAUUGGAGGUACAUUCUCCUCGGCAAUUAUGACUAGAUUGACCUACGCCUUCUUGUUGAUGAUCAACUCUCUCCUCUCAUGGAUUGCGCUCUCACCGUUUAUCAUCAACAAAUUGGCGAAAAUGAGCUUUGGUCUUAUAAAUAACAAGUGCGGCGACGGCAAAAACUGCAUCAGUUUUAGUUCCGUAUACCGAAUUAAUCUUGCCCUAGGUGCUCUUCAUUUGGUUUUGGCAGGAUUACUUGUGAACGUUCGGUCGACGUCCAAUCCACGUGCAGUGAUCCAGAACGGAUGCUGGAAAGUGAAGAUCUUUGCUUGGUUGGCACUUUUGGCCAUCAACUUCUUGGUGAUUCCUGACAACUUCUUUGUGUUUUACGGAAACCACAUCGCCAUCAUCUUCUCCACAAUCUUCCUUGGAAUUGGCUUGAUUCUUCUUGUGGAUUUUGCACAUGCUUGGGCAGAAACAUGCUUGGAGAAGAUCGAGUUGGAAGAGUUGACUGGUGAAGAUGAGUACAAUGCUGGUUUCUGGAAGAAAUUGCUUGUAGGAGGUACCUUGACCAUGUACGUGUGCAGCAUUGUGUUGACGGUGUUGAUGUAUGUGUUUUUUGCCGGAAGCGGAUGCUCUAUGAACCAGUCUGCCAUUACCAUUAACUUGAUAUUGUCCAUUAUUGUAUCUGGAAUUUCCAUUAACCAGAACAUUCAAGAAUCAAACCCAAACGCAGGAUUGGCACAGGCGUCGAUGGUGGUAUUAUAUUGCACAUACUUGGUUCUCAGUGCAGUUGUAUCUGAGCCUGACGACAAGAUGUGCAACCCCCUUGUUCGCUCCAGGGGAACCAGAACCUUGAGUGUGAUCAUGGGUGCAUUGUUCACUUUCGUGGCAUUAGCCUACACCACCACACGUGCAGCUAAUUCUUCCUUCUUUGAAACAGAAGCUCCCGCUGUUGAGACUUCUGUGAGUUCACAACCAAGCGAAAGAGCCCAAAUGAGAUACCAAGCUAUCAAACAAGCCGUGGACGAAGGUUCCUUGCCAGAAAGUGCACUUAACCAGCUCAAUUUAUACGAGGAAGAUGGAAGAGCUGGUGGGGAUGAGCAUCAGCUGGUGAAAUACAACUACACAUUGUUCCACCUUAUCUUCUUUUUGGCUACUCAGUACAUAUCUACGCUUCUCACUAUCAAUGUCAACCAAGAUGAUGUGGGCGACUUUGUUCCGGUGGGUAGAACCUAUUUCUCCAGUUGGGUGAAGAUCAUCAGCUCGUGGGUGUGUUUUGUGUUGUAUGGAUGGAGUCUUGUUGCUCCUGUGAUUUGGCCUGAUCGCUUCAAUGUGAUGCAGCUUUAA